UUAAGGGUUUCACCUACGUGUAACAUUAUAACUUACCACCAUCAAGCGUCUCUGCUCUAUAUACAUAUACACAAUAGUCUCAUCAGAUCCAUCACCUAUACUAUAUAUAUUACACAGCACGAAGAGAGAGAAAUGUAUACAUACAUCGAGUAGUUAGUUCAAGAUCAAAGAUAGAAUCAGCUUAACUCAACUGAGCAUCAUGGGUCGAUCUCAAGAAAAGGGUCAGGGUCCGAUAUACAACAUGAGGUUAUCGACGGUGGGUGCAACCAGAGCGACAGAAACUGGUGCGACCCAUGAACCAACCGGUUUAGAUCUUGCUAUGAAGCUCCACUAUCUCAAGGCAGCUUACAUUUACUCGCCCGAGUUGGCUAGUGACUUGAGCGUGACACACGUGAAGGAGGCUAUGUUCAAGCUGUUCGACCAGAUCGCAUGGACCACAGGAAGGUUAUGGCGGAGAGACUCGGGGCGUCCGUAUAUCAAAUGCAACGACUGUGGUGCGCGUUUCGUCGAAGGUGAAUGUAAUUUCACAGUGGAAGAGUGGCUUAGUAAACCGGACCGGUCAGUUGAUGAGUUUCUGGUUUACCAUCAACCUGUUGGACCGGAGUUGCCUUUCUCUCCUCUGAUCUAUGUUCAGAUGACCCGGUUUAAGUGCAGAGGAUUAGCUUUGGGCCUGAGCUGGGCCAACAUCAUGGGAGAUUCAUUCUCUUUAUUCUAUGCCUUCAACUUAUGGGUGAAGGUCCUUUCUGGGGAAAAAACCUAUGCCCCGGAAACUUCUAUUAUAGACAGAAGGUUUCUGAAUCCAAAUCCAACGGUUAAAGACCCGGAAUCAAUAAAACAGGUUGACCCGGUUGGAGAUCUCUGGAUCACUCCAAACAACAAGAAAAUGGCGAGUUACUGUUUCAACCUCACCGUCGCCGCCGACCAGAUGUCACCACAUUUCCCGGCGAACGGAGAUGAUCAGAUUCCGGUGUUCGAGGUUCUCGCCGGAAUCAUAUGGAAAAGCAUAGCUAAGGUUAGAGAAGAUCCAGAGCCUUUAACUGUUACGAUCAUCAGAAAGGAUCCGAACGAUCUGAAACCUAUCAGAUCGAUUCGAAACAGUCAGAUGAUAAGCUCCGUACACGUGGAUUUUCCGGUGGCUGAAGCGGCUGUGGAAGAGUUAGUGAGAUGUAUGGAGAGAGCGACUGACGAGAGAUGUGGAAUCGAUGAGAUCGGAGAGAGCUGUGAUGGGAGUUUGGAUUUUAUUGUUUACGGAGCGAAGUUGACGUUUAUGGAUUUGAGUGAAGUCGAUUUGUAUGAGGCUAAAGUGAUGAGGAAGUCGCCGGAAUCAGUGUACUGUAACGUUGAGGGGGUAGGGGAGGAGGGAUUGGUAGUUGUUUACGCGGCGGCGAAAUCGGAGGAGAGGGUUGUGACGAUGACGUUGCCGGAGGAGGAGAUGGAGAGGGUAAAAUCGGAAUUCAAGAAAUGUGGUUUGAUGGCGCCGUGAGAAUCAACGGCUAAGUCAUAAGUAAACAUGAAAAGAUGAAAUGUUGUUUUUAUUUUCCUUUCGUGGUUUAAGCUUUAUGUGCUGCUGAAUUAUCUGUUAAACCUGAUUUCUGGUGCUAAAUCCUCGGUUAAGCGAGGAUUGUAACGUUGUUAUGAAAUUAUUAUAUAUUUAAAUUAAAUAAUCAUUCGUAUGGUA